ACACGGCUUCCUGUUGGGGCUUCCUUGGCCUCACCCCACAUUUGGGGCAUUUCCCUCCCUGACAGAAGGACCUGGAUCCGGGCUCCUGCCCUGGCCGGUGCAGACAUGGUGCCCCUGCUGCUGCUGCCCCUGCUGUUCGGGGGGGAGGAUCCAGAGUACCAGCUCCGAGUGCAGGAAUCCGUGACCGUGCAGGAGGGUCUGUGUGUCCACGUGCCCUGUUCCUUCUCCUACCCCUGGAAGUGGGGGUAUUCCCGGAUGAUGCUCUACAUAUACUGGUUCCGGGAUAGGGACACCUCAAGCAACCGUUAUCUGGUGGCUACAAACAACCCACAGAGAGCAGUGAAGACAGAGGCCCGGGGCCGAUUCCACCUCAUCGGGGACCCCUGGGCCUACAACUGCUCCCUGAGAAUCAGAGACGCCAUGAGGAGUGAUGAGGGAGUCUACUUUUUCCGAGUGGAGAGAGGAGAAGACGUGAGAUAUACUUACACAGAUACGACGAUGACUCUGCGGGUGGCAGACCUGACACAGGAACCCGACAUCCACUUCCCGGAGCCCCUCAAGUCUGGCUGGCCCACAGAGCUGGCCUGCAGCCUGCCGGGGUCCUGCGGAGGGGGAAGACCUCUCACAUUCUCCUGGGUGGGGGCUGCUCUGGACUCUCUGGACCCCGAGAGCCUGCACUCCUCGGUGCUGGCCUUCACCCCGAGGCCGCAGGACCAUGGCACCAACCUCACCUGUCAGGUGAAACUGCCAGAAGUUCAGGCCACCGUGGAAAGAACCAUCCGGCUCAAUGUCUCCUAUGCCCCCCACAACCUCACCAUCAGCAUCUUCUUCAGCAAUGUCACAGGAGCUGCCCGCCCACGGCUCACCCUCCCCACCUCAGCGCAGCCCCCCUUCUUUCUGGUGGCCUGACUUGACCGCCAGGGUCGUUAAUCAGCCACGAGUAGCCCUGCCAUCAGCCCUUGUGGCAUGGCCCUAUCUUUCCACUUCUGGCUCUGCGGGCACAAUCCGGAAGGGACUCAUGUCACGGCUCCACC